AUGAAGGCCAAAGACAACAAUAUGGCCUCGCAUGAGCCUGUCGUUACAGCACGAGAGGUCUCGGAGGAGUUGCCUCGGACGAUUGACGUCGAGAAGCUCGGCCGGCAACGGCCCGCCGAGUUCUCGUCGACAUGGCUCGAGGCUGCCUUUGUCGUCUCCAUGCUUGGCUCUCUCGCCAUGGCUGACUUCGUCAUCGGUGGCUUCCAGGUUGUCUUACCGGCCCUGAUUGAGCCGUUUCACAUUCCACCCGGGUCUCAGACAUGGCCGUCCAGCGUCCUGACCUUGGUGGCUGGUGCAUUCCUUUUCCCGCUCGGGCGCGUAACCGACAUGUACGGGGGCUACCUCGUCUUUAACGGAGGCUUGCUGUGGUUCAUCGUGUGGACCAUCGCGGCGGGCUUCGCCGGCAACUUUACCGUGCUCGUGCUGUGCCGGGCCAUGGAGGGGCUGGGGACUGCCGCAUUCCUCCCCGCCGGCAUCUCGCUGCUGGGGCGCAUCUACAGGCCGGGCCCGAGGAAGAAUCUCGUCUUUGCCUUGUACGGUGCCAUUGCCCCGCUCGGCUUCUUUGCCGGCAUCAUCAUCGGCGGCAUGGCCCAAGACUUGCUGUCCUGGAGGUGGUACUUUUGGCUAGGCGGCAUCAUCACCGCCCCGUGCUGCCUCGGCACGCUCCUCGUCACCCCUCGCGACUAUGUCGCCGCCCGCAAGAUGAAGGUCAAGAUGGACUGGUGGGGCGUCUUGACCACGGUCCCUGGCCUGAUGCUCUUCAUCUACGCCAUCACGGAGAGCACCAGCAAGCCCAACGGCUGGACCUCUCCCCCGAUCAUCACCACGCUGGUGCUCGGGAUCGUGUUCCUGGCCGCCGCCGUCUACGUAGAAGGGUGGGUGGCCGCGUCGCCCCUGAUCCCGGCCGACAUUUUCCGUGUCAAGUACAUGAAGAGGAUGCUGUUUUGCCUGUUGCUCUCGUGGGGCGUGUUUUCGAUGUACCUAUUCUACUCCAACUUUUAUAUUCAACUCGUCCUUGGCCGCCGAGCACUGAUCACGGCCGUCUGGUUCGGCCCCUGGGCCGCAGGGGGUCUGAUUCUGUCAACCAUGAGCGGCUUCAUCCUGCACGUGCUGCCGGGCCGCGUGCUCCUCAUUCUCUCGGGCACGUCCAAGGUCCUGGCCGUCCUAUUCUUCGCACUGAUGCCCGACAAUCCCAACUACUGGGCCUGGGUCUUCCCCGCCAUGCUCUUCGAGGCGGCCUGCGUCGACGUGCUGUGGACGGUGAGCAAUGUCUUCCUCACGACGAGCCUGCCACGACACCGUCAAGGGCUGGCUGGUGCCGUCAUCAGCGUGACUCUGUUCCUGGGCGGGGCCCUUUUCCUCGCCGUUGCCGACGUGGCCAGGGAGCAAUUCCGCGCGGCGGGCCUGGACCUGAAGAGGCAGUACAAGGGCAUAUUUUGGAUAGGCGUCGGGUGCGCCGGCGUGGCGCUCAUAACUUGCUUCUUCAUCCGGCUGGGCAAGGCCGGCUGCGCGCUGACCGUGGAGGAACGGCAAGGCGCCAAUCUCAACGCUGAAUUUGAGACGACCGAGCCGAAACACGGGCCGCCGUCGACGGAGGCGAGGCCGAGCGAGUCGGAUUCCGACACGGUGGUGGGAGUCGAGACUGAGACGGAGGGCGAGAAGAAACCCUGA